AAAAAUUGUUGUGAAAUUGUUCCGCCGAGGACCGCUGGCCGCAGCGAAACCGAUCCCGUGUCCCGACGACACUCCUGGCGCGGCGCCCCGAGAAUGACGGGUGAUGCCAGCACGGAAUGAUGGCAUCUUCAACACAAGGGCUCACCGCCGCCCUCCGCGGCGUCGCAAGGGGAAUUCAUGCUGGGAAACGGCAGACGCUCGAACAGCAAUUCCAAUCACUGCAGUUGAGCCCGUUGCUCUCACGAGGAAGGAGCCGGCGGUGCUUGUCCACCGAUACUCACGAAGCCGGAGACAUCGAACGGGGCUCCAUCACCGCCGCCCCCGGAAUCGGUAGCGGGCGUCAACUGAGCAUCAAGGACUUCAAGAUUGCCCAACAUGCCCGAGCGCUGCCCGUAUCGCCGUCAUACUUCUCGCGCACUCCCGGCUUCAACGACCGCUACCUCGCGCUCGAGAAGCUGGCGAGGAAAUACGCUCAUCUCCCCUUGGUUCCGGCCGCCGACGCCGAGCGCGUCGCCUGGAAGACGCUGCCCGACCUUAAGCUGUCAUUUGGCGAGCCGGUCAAGGCGCUCGAGUACGCCAGGUGUCUCACCGUCAUCAAGAAGUUGCACCGAAUCCACCCGGACCUGAAGCCCGCUGAAGUGACGGAGGCGCUGCAAGCUUUCAAGCGCGACGUGCAGCCCUUCGUCAACGUGGCGGCCCCGAUCCCGAUCGACAAGUUCGGGCGAGCUCUCGGAGUCGGCAGACGAAAGACCUCGACGGCCCGCGCUUUCGUCGUCGAGGGCGACGGCCAGGUUCUGGUCAACGGCAAGACUCUGGCAGACUACUUCGGCCGGGUCCACGACCGGGAAAGCGCCGUCUGGGCACUGCACGCGGUGGAUCGGAUUGACAAAUACAACGUCUGGGCUCGGGUUGAGGGGGGCGGCACCACCGGGCAGGCCGAAGCGCUCACGCUAGCCAUUGCAAAGGCCCUGUUAGCUCACGAACCCGCUCUGAAGCCGGCAUUAAGAAGAGCCGGUUGCAUCACGCGCGACCCGAGGAGGGUGGAGAGGAAGAAGCAUGGCCGUGUCAAGGCGAGAAAGGGGCAGACAUGGGUCAAGAGAUAGUUCGGGCCGCGCAAACCGGUGUGUUGCUGCGCUGGAUGUGCACGGACGACCAAGCGCUCGGCCCGAUCACCAUCACCUGGUUUUGCUCUCUGUAAGCGUUUCUUUCUGUACCAACUGAACCAAUAAACAGCUGUACAAUACAAGGCAUCGGGCGUUCCA